GAUACAGCGCCGGUAAACCGCGGUGAAGUUAGUUUAAAGUUGGAUGUUCAAGCUUCGCGGAGUUAACGGCAUCUAGCUCACGGUUGAUCCGAUUCAGGCACUCAUAUUUUCCACGAUUGUUUGGUUCGGAAACUUAUUGACGGUCCUUGGUGAACCACCGCGCGUCAGAAGAGGGAGCAACAGAGAGCAGCAGCUGAAAUCUGGGUGCCUGACUCGCUUGUUACCGAAUGUCAACGCGGAGUUCACACGGAAUGUGAAGCGGGCAAAAGCACACAAAUGAGGCGAAAAAUUCGCAGAACGCACCAUUAGACAUCAUCGAAAAGAAAAAGAACCGCCCGGUUCCAGCCGUUCAUGAAAAUGAUCCGGCCCAUGCAGUCGGCUCGGUCAGCAGAGUCCCUCCUGAUAGGACCGCCCACCAGCUGACGCUGAACAACAACACGAAGCACACCUCUCUCUGUGAUGCUCCGUGGCUGCUUCCACACACCAACUCCCACACUUCCAGCCUGUUGGAGCUGGAGCUCGGACAUUAUGGGGGCUUAAUGUAUUUUUAAAGUGCACAUCCUCCUGAAACAGAUGUGAUCUCUCUCCACCAGCCGAACCAUGGCUCCGUCCCUCCUCCGAGUCUGCCGCAGUCUGGCUCAAUGGACCUGGCUGCUGUCCUUCUGCUUCGUCCAGCUGCUCUGCCUGGACUUCUCGGCCGCAGAGAAGGAGGAGUGGUACACGGCCUUCGUCAACAUCACCUACCUGGACCCCGUUACCUCGGAGGUCCGAACGGAGAAAACCGAGUGCGGUCGUUACGGGGAGCAUUCGCCCAAGAAGGAAGCCAGAGGUCGGGUUCUGGUCCCCGGCCUCCCGCAGGACAGACAGGGGUGCGACCCGAACGUCCGGUUUCCUCCGGUUCCCCAGAACACCGCCUGGGUGGCGCUGGUGGCUGCGGGAAACUGCACAUUCAGAGAGAAAAUCCACAACGCCGCAAACAGCAACGCGUCUGCGGUUGUUAUAUACAACAGUGCCAACGACACCAUCACAAUGCCCCACUCAGAUACAGGUGACAUCGUGGCUAUCAUGAUCCCGGAACCUAAAGGUCGUGAGAUUGUAACUUUGCUGGAGCGGCGCUUUGUGGUGGUGAUGCACAUCACUGUUGGAACCCGCAACCUGCAGAAAUAUGUGAGCAGAACAUCUGUGGUGUUCGUCUCCAUCUCCUUCAUUGUCCUCAUGAUCAUCUCACUCGCCUGGCUCGUGUUCUACUACAUCCAGAGGUUCCGCUACGCUAAUGCACGAGACCGCAACCAGAGGCGUUUGGGAGAUGCUGCUAAAAAGGCCAUCAGUAAACUUCAAGUACGCACUUUAAAGAAAGGAGACAUGGAAACUGAACCUGACUUUGACAACUGUGCAGUUUGCAUUGAAUGUUACAAACCUAAUGAUGUUGUGAGGAUAUUACCCUGCAGACAUGUCUUCCAUAAACACUGCGUAGAUCCGUGGCUGCAAGACCACAGAACGUGUCCGAUGUGCAAAAUAAACAUCCUAAAAGCCCUGGGAAUCCCAUUCAGCGCUGACUGCACAAAUGAGACUCCUCUAGAUUACGAGACGAGUAUUGGGGGUCCUCUGACCAAUCCCAUCAGUGCUGCAAGUGACAUCACAGUUAACGAGAGCUCAGUGGCGCUUGAUCCUGCAGGAAGGGUGAUAGACCUGCAUCAGCUCCAUCAUUACCAGGAAACAGCAUCGCAGGCAGGACAGAGCCACCCUAUUGCAAGCUGUGAGAACCAGCCUCCAAUGAGCAGCGAUUCAGACACAUCUGCUAUCAUGAGCGUUGAUGCCAGCAUGUCGGAAGCAGACUUUCCUUUGGAGCAGGAGCACGAUGACGCAAAGUCCAGGGGUAAUCCAUGUUGAGAAGACAUUUUGCACAAAAGCAGGACUGAGGGAUUGACAGAUUAUUCCUGUCUGGGGCUAAAGAAGAUCACAAAAGGGACAAAAAACCCUCAGUUCUGUUGGACUGACUAUAAACAGCUUUUCUUCAGAAAUGUUGUCGUGUUGCUUGUUGUAUUUCAUGGAGACCAGAACAAUGAGUAACAGCUCUCAUAUUGUAGAGCCUCACAGAGUGGCUUCAUGUACUUUAGAGGCAGACUGUGAUGAUGAUGAUGAUGAUGAUGGGGUGGAGACUGGAGGCUACCUGAUCCUCCUGCUGGACACAACAUGGCCUCCCCAAUGCAUGGGUUUAGCUUCAGUCAGCAUGACAUUGUCAAAGAUCACUGCCAACAACAUACAGCGCACACUUAGCACUGUGCAUUUUCAGUCCAAGCAGCCAGUAGUUCUUGUAACUUUGAGUGGAUCAAAAGUUCUCCAGACUUUCUCUAAAGGUCUUUUAAAGAUUUUCUUUGGACUUGUCGCUUUUUCACUCAUUUUCUGAUGAGGCAUCUUUCAGGUCUCUGCAUUUUCCUAUUCUUUGAAGACAUGCAGUUAACAUACUGUUCAUUGCUGUAAAUAUUUUUAGGCCAGACGAUUCUUCCUUUAUCUGUCUUUUUUCUAAAUUUUAACCACACACUGCACAUUAUGCAUUAUGGUGAUGUACCAUCUAGAAAACCCCGCUAGAAUGUUAAGGAAAAUUUAGUACCUUCAGAAACGCUGGAGAACUACUAUUCAAUAACGCAUUUAAAGGUUGCAAGGUCUGGAAAGAAAGAAAUUGACAGUGAUUGAAGACUUUUGCACAGUUGUGUAGUUCAUAUACCAACGGUUUUCAACCCAGAACAGCUGCUAUGAAUUCCUUCAACCAAAUUUGUUAAUACAUCCCCUGAAAACUUGAGAAUUAAAUUUUUUAGAAGGUAGCAAACAAGGAGUUACAAAAUUCAAGCACAGCUUAUCCUGAGUUUAUAAAAGUAAAUGUUUUUUAUUAACUGUAAAUUCCUGCUGGGGAAAUAACUGAGCUCAUGUAGAUCUCUCCGUCUGUCUUCACCUUUGACAAUCAUAAUGUGUCCUUGCAUUUUUGAAGUGAUGUCACCGCUGCCCUGCUGAAGCUGCUGCUAAUUAUUCCAUCAACAGAAGUUAAUAAUCCCCCCAUGCGGGGUGUCGCAGCUGUGUGAACAGGACUAUUACACUGAUGCUACGUUUCAGCAUUGUGGAUGGAAGCACUGAUUUAUGGGGCAGCUAGAGAAUGUAAAAAUGUUCACAAGGGUUCCUGUCGCACGUGUUUCCAGCAUUUCAACAACAACAACAAAAAGACUACAAUAAUAAUGAGCUAAUGGCUGUUAAAAGGACCAGUACUAAAUCUUUCAGAGUAAAAACUUAACAUACACUAAAGGCACAAUGUUAAAUAAAGCUGGGAAAAAGUUAAAGGGCAAAAAUAAAAAUUCUAAAAAACGGAAACAUAAAUGCAUUACAAUGGCCAAUCCAUUGUCUUUCAAAGCAGAUUAGUCGAUUAAAAUGUAAUUUUCUGACACAAACAGCCUCUGGAGACACUAAAAAGCAAAAGUGCAACUAUAUACAUGUCGUGUGGAACUGCAAAACGCAAAGUCCUAUUUUUGCAAAAGGAAAAUGGCUUUUCAAUGGGACUAUGUCGAAUGCAUGUGUACCUGCAUUCACUUUUAAUGGGGUUUUUAUUGCCGUAUUCAUCUGUCGAGGACCAACAAGAAAAAGGCACAAACUGCUGUUUUUGUCCGCUAGAAACAGAAAUUCCUCUCAGAAACAGGAAGAGACCAAAAACGCAGAUAAAGGUGUGAGGUUUUUAGUUUUGUUUAUUUCAGCAGAUCAUUAAUAUGGCUGGUUUGAUUAUAGAUUUGUGCCAGCUCCAAUUUUCUAAUAAUUUAAAGAAAUGCUCUGAAUACAUUUUUUGAAAAACUCCAGCCAGGUUUAGAUGAGAAGUUAGAUUUUGGUUACACUGUUACAGCACAUUAAAAUGAAUUUACUCUCUA